GAGAUUCCUCGUUGUGCUCCUACUGGUGGUUCAGCUGGCCUCCGCCCUGUUCGGGAUUGGAGGGAAGUCCAGCAAGAAGACGACCACCAAGCAAGUGGCUGCCACCACGACCAAAGCGACGACGACCACUACCCAUGCCCCUACAACUACCACUACCACUACCACUACUACGUCAACCACAACUUCAACUACGACUUCAGCUCCAUCUUCAACCACAACCACAAGCAAGCCCACCACUUCUUCGACUACGACCUCGUCCACCACCUCAACCACCACAACCACCACCCACCCUACUCCCAGCACCAGCACCAGCACAAGCACCAAAGCCCUAACCUCACCAACAACAACCACAACCACCAACCCCACCACCUCCACAGCCAUAACCUCAACAACCUCAACAACCAAGCCCACCACCUCCACCGCAAUAACCUCAAAAACCACAAUCACCAACCCCAACCCCUCCAGCGCCAUCACCACCCACACCACCAACCCAAACCCAAACCCACACUCGGCCUCCUCCGCCAACGUCCAACCCGACCCAACCACCACAACACACACCAUCGCCCCCUCCGGCAGCGCAGCACACACCCUCACCUCCUCCUCCAAAUCCACCAUCACGCCAGCCACGACUACCUUCUCCUCCGCGCACCUCUCCAUCACCUCCUCCUCGGCCAUCCCCUCCUCCUCUGUCUCCGUCGACUCCGCCCUCUACGCGUACUACUCUUCGCUGAUCUCACUUGCCUCCGUCUACGACGAGGCCAGCGCCUGCGAGUACGUCGCCUCGUCGACGGGUGUGGCUGCUGCUGCUGUCGCUGCUGCGUCGAGCACGGCGUGAUCGGGGAUAGAGGGGAUUUCGGUAGGGAGAUGUUUUGGCGGUUGGAGAUGAGGGUUUUUUUUUUCUUUGUCAGUUUCUCUUAGUUUUUCUUGUCUUGAUAUCUUUCUUUGUUGCUUG